GGAGCGGUGUUUAGUGCUUUGGGAUGACGCUUGGCUUGCGAAGGGCAAAAACACCGAACAUACGGAAGACCCCGUGUUCCAAAACCCACACAUCCGACGUUGCGUUACAACUGAGAGCGGAGGAAUUUUGGAGAAACUGAGAGGCGAGACGAGGCAGCAGGUCGGCGUCGGUCCGUGAAAGUCAACAAAAUUAACAUAGAAACGGAGGUCAGCUCACCCGCCGGACACCCUGGAAGAAACGGAGCGACCCCGGACGGAUGUACAAGAUGGACUUGUUGUGAACGCCGGGAAGAGAUGUGAAAUGAAGCAGGAGGCCGGGGACAUGAUGUUGGCCCGGGGCUCUCAUGGUCGAGGGCGAGCCAAAGUGACCCAUGCGGUGGUCGUCAUAUUCUUGGAGUUCUUCGCCUGGGGGCUGCUAACAACGCCCAUGUUGACAGUCCUUCAUGAGACAUUUCCUCAGCAUACCUUCCUCAUGAACGGUCUGGUACAGGGAGUCAAGGGCCUGCUGUCGUUCCUGUCGGCUCCUCUGAUUGGUGCUCUGUCAGACGUGUGGGGCAGGAAGUCCUUCCUGCUCAUGACAGUUUUCUUUACCUGUGCUCCAAUCCCACUCAUGAGGCUCAGCCCUUGGUGGUAUUUUGCUCUGAUCUCUGUUUCUGGGAUCUUUGCUGUGACCUUCUCAGUGAUCUUUGCCUACGUUGCCGACAUCACAGAGGAACACGAGAGGAGCACUGCCUAUGGGCUGGUGUCAGCGACCUUUGCAGCCAGCCUGGUGACCAGCCCGGCCAUCGGGGCUUACCUGUCGUCCCGGUAUGGAGACAGCCUGGUGGUUCUUGUUGCCACGGUGAUCGCUGUGGCGGACAUCGCCUUUGUUUUCUUUGUAGUGCCUGAGUCACUGCCGGACAAGAUGAGGCUGACAUCCUGGGGCUUCCCCAUCUCCUGGGAGCAGGCUGACCCAUUCUCUUCUCUGAGGCGUGUGGGGAAGGACACCACUGUACUGCUCAUCUGUGUCACAGUUUUCCUGUCUUACCUACCCGAGGCCGGACAGUACUCCAGCUUCUUCCUGUACUUAAGACAGGUGAUAGAGUUCUCCCCUGCUGCCAUCGCUGCUUUCAUCGCCAUGGUGGGAAUCCUGUCUAUUGUAGCUCAGACUGUAUUUUUCAGUGUUCUGAUGAGGACCAUAGGAAAUAAGAACACAGUUCUGCUGGGUUUGGGUUUUCAGCUCCUGCAGCUGGCCUGGUAUGGCUUUGGAUCAGAGCCAUGGAUGAUGUGGGCAGCCGGAACAGUGGCAGCCAUGUCCUCCAUCACUUUCCCCGCAGUCUCUGCUCUGGUAUCCCGAAGUGCCUCACCUGACCAACAAGGUGUGGUCCAGGGAAUGAUAACAGGAAUCAGAGGUCUGUGUAAUGGGUUAGGCCCCGCCCUGUAUGGCUUCAUCUUCUUCCUGUUCAAUGUAGAGCUCAGCGACAUAGAGCCGGUAGCAGGCAGACCCUCUGAGAACAGCAACGAGAAGUCAGUUAUUCCUGGUCCUCCAUUCCUAUUUGGAGCUUGUGCCGUGCUGUUGGCCCUGCUGGUGGCCAUUUUCAUCCCUGAACACCACCGACUGGCCGACAUAAAAACCUGUACUGCCCUUAAGUCCAGCAGUGCCUCUACUGCACAUGCUCAGAACAUCAAUCCUAUGACCACGCCCACCAGCGACACAGAGGACAUCGAGCCCCUCUUACAGGACAGCAGUAUGUGACUGACAGCCGGCUUGUCCAUGCACAAAUCUGGCCUGAACCCUUUGCUACUCCCACCCCUCUUGUUCACCAGUUUCUCUGCCCACCAAGUUACCCAACAUCUUUUUUUAAAUCCAGAAUGUUAACAUAUAAAGUUGUGUCAUGGAGACCAGUUGUUGGUGUCUUUUCUGAGAUGUAGGCAACUGUUACCCCAGUACAGACAGAACAAUCCAGACAUCUUUUCUGUCUGUAGGAUAUAAUGUCGUAACCUUAUAACGGGGAAUCUGGAGGGUGGUUGUUGUUGGCAGGUCAGAUAAACAUGCCACUGAUGGUGACUGGUAUGUUGGAGCCUCAUAAAAAGACCUCACCAGGUUGGUAGGGACAUGUACGCAGGCUGCAACACACAAUGCAGUGUUCCCUUAAAGAAGGUUUGUUUUUCAUCCUAGCAUUUGUAUCCUAGAGGGUGGUGCUCUGGAACGGCACUCUGUGUUUACUUCCUAAAGAAGGUGGAAUGGAUUCUACUUCCUUCAGGCUGUCUACAGUGUGCAGGUUCUUACACUGGGCCAACCUCAACCGGGGCAUGAUGAUUUUAAAAGCUCCCUCAGGAGGAACUAGUGAUAAGCCAGUGAGGCUUGUUGGAGCAAGUUGUAUUUAGUUGUUACACCCUAACUUUUCACUAGGCAGAGAGGUAAGCAGAUGGAAGUUGUGUCAGAGCUGCUAAAAACUGUAGGAUAUCAUACCUGGGCAGCAAGGACCAGAUUCUUGAACACAAAACUCUCUGUAAUCAUUUCUCAUGAAUUUUAUCUGGUCUACUCUUUCACCUGGGAGUCAGCUUACGUCUGGGUAGCGCCUUUAGGGGGCGGUGAAGGUUAGACGGGCAUCUGGACUAUAAUCCAGUUUUUUUUGUUUUUUUUUAUUGGUUAUUUUGUUUUCAAGAUAAGUGCACAGGUUAACCUGAGUAAGAAUCCAUUGAUAUGUGUCUGUCCCUUCUCUACAACAGACAAGUGCUGGAUGUACAAAGCACCUGCUGUAGAGCAGGACUGACAAGCCGGUAUGGCCGACACUUAAAAGCAGUGACACGCUGAGCAUUUGUGGAACCAUCUAGUUCUUACUGGCUCUGAUAUCAGCAUCUUCUCCUCGCUGUGUCUCCUCGCAUGUAGUUUUCAUCAUUUAGAUUGUUUUAUACAGACGAGAACAGCAAACCCGGGCAAAAAUACACACAUAUAGAAGAUGCAGUUUGAGGUGUUUGAAGUGCUUUCUGGUGCGCUUGAUAUAUCUUAACAGACUUUAGUCCGCCCCACAUGUGAACGUAUCAUUUUCAAGCUAAGAUAUGUCAAACUCUCCUCAUCUGUUUUUUUUUCUUUCUUUUUUCUUUCAAAUACUUGAAUUGUGUUCAGCUACGUUGCGUGUUGGACCAGGGCCUGGUCAUGGCUUUAUGUCCUGGUGGUCUGGUCGUCUUCUAAAUUUCUGUGCAAUGAGGCUAAGACGUAUAGUUUAUAUGGGCACAAAUACAGAAACCAUAUGAGAGGUUUCACCCUGACAACUGUAGGUAGGUUUUCAUUGGCAGGCAAGUCCUUGUGCCAUGUUAUUUUUUUAAUUUCAUUUUGUUUUUGCCUUUGUUUUCCUGAUUGUUUGAGUGAGCAGGACCUGACUGUUGGAGAUAGACUUCACAGAGAGGUGAAGGGUCAAAGCAAGACAUUCCACCCCCCACCCCCAACACACAAAUUAACACACAACACACGUGUGCAUGUGUGCUCACACCACUCUUGACAGACUGUCCAGUCUGGACUGUGGUCUGUGGUUGUAGAAAGGAACAGUGUUCCUGGUCAACCACGGAGCAGGAUUGUGGGGCCAACAUGGCCAACGGCGAUUUAAAAACUGUCGGCCAAACUCUUUUCACCUGCGGUUUUGAUUUCUGCACAUAGACCCAUGUUUCACAUUAGCUGUCAAACUAUUCCAGCUGAUUAACCCCGGUUAUUCCCACAUGUUCCCCCAGAGGUUGAGAUCGGCUGGUGUGGGAUUUGGUAGGGAUGAAAGCAUAAUGGCACAUAGUUUGGAGCCACUGGCCUACUAAGCUCAGGGAUGGGGAGCUAGUAUUGGUUUUUAGUACUGUCAUUUUUUUUAUCUUUUAUUUUCAGCCUGUUUGGACAUGGAGGGUUAUAGAAACCCAUCAUCGUUACUGAAGUCCCACUCCAUCUCUCUAGAUAACAGCAUCAGUUAAAAGUGUUUCUAUGCUUUGGCUGUGUUCCCUGUUCAGGAGUUCAGCAGAAACGUUCAUCUCUCUGGUUGAAGAGAGGAUCCAGGCUACCUCAGAUCACACACUAUCAAGCUCGGUCACUUCAAGCUUUCCAUCAAAUGUCUCUUCAUAGAAAACAAAGUGUGUUGAGUGAAAUCCAGCGUCCUUUCUUUGUCCAAGAGUUGAGUCGACUCCAGAAGGACAAGAUGUUAGCCAACUAAACUGAGGAGCUCUGUCUUUAUACACAGAAUAAAAAAACUCAACACUGAAGAGCAUCAAUUCACCGCUUUUUUUUUCCUUUUUUUAAAUUUUAGCGCAUUAUUUUGGUGAGAUUUGGUUUAGUUUUGUGACCGAGUAUAAAUGAACUCCUGCAGUCUCCAUGUUCUCCUUUCUGGUAACAUCAUCAUGGUGACAUGGACAGCGUUCCAAAGAUCAGCUGCUUUACUGGUUACCGUGGAGCCACCAUGGCUAACAUGAAAACUGUGCUAGCCAAAUCAUCUCUCUGUUUACCACCUCAUAGCACAUCAUUAUACCUCGACGCUGAGGUAAUGACCUCAACAUCGAGGCUGUUGGACAGCGCCCACAUCUCAGAAGUCAUUUAUCAUAAAAGUACAGAGAAAGAAACCCUUUUGGUGCUUUCGCUGACAUGACAUGUUUCUAUGAGUUUAAGUGUUCUACUACCAAGUUGGUUCAGGCCCACACUCUUUAAAUAUGUAGGUGGGAGAUGUUUGUGACCGUGAUUUGUAGAAAUGUUCAGAUCUGAGACGCAUGGCUUCAGUUUUGAAAUAGCUGAAUGGGUGGCAUGGUGUUCAUUUGUACUGCCUGCCACAGAGUUGGUGGUUUGACUCCCAGAGAAAGCCUGUUCAGUCAUAGUCUCUGGUCUCUGUAGCAUCUCCAUGGUGCUGCAGUGAGAGACCCUGGAAAGCCAACAUCUCUGGUUUUGCAUCCUUUUACUCCUUCGUGUACCACUCCUUUCAUUUCAAACCAGACCUCAGGCCUCGGGUUUCCCAAACCAGCUUAAGCUCAAAGACUGAGAUCAGUUCGGUUCUGUUGAUCUGAGCUUGUGGGCCACAGAGCGUUUGACCACAUGCCUGCUACUGUUUUUGUGUUGUUGUUUUUUUAAAAGAUGAAAUCGGUUACUUGUAGUCAGUAUGUUACUGAGUUUAGCUUGAGCUGGAGCUGUAUUCCAUCUUUAAUACUCCAAACUGUGUCUGAUGUCAAAUGGGGACUCCCCAUCUUGUGUGAUUGGCAUGUCAGGACUCAUCAUGUCCCUCCACCAAACAUAGAGGCUGGUGGACUGCAUCAUGUUUCAGCCCAAGCGAACAGAAAACACGAGUUUUUCAGAAGCUCCAGUUCAAUACACCUCCAUGGUACCCUGUAAUGAUCGAUAUUUGGAUUUUAGCCUGAUCUAGGACCACAUUUAAAGUCUGACUUGUUGGGUGUUAACAGGAUGCAGCUAAAGGCUCAUAUUCCAUCUCAAGGUCAUAAUCAAGAUAAAAUGCUUCUUAUUCCUCUUCAUAUCCAAUAUAAAUAUCCCUGUAAAAAUGGAUGAAGUACAGCUCUGAAUGUUGCUCAUAACAUCAGUGCUCACUAGAUGAGAUGUGCACAUACCUCAUAUCCUGGAUCAAUGAUUCAUGCUUUAUGAAUCAUCAGCUUCUCAUGAUCGGCAGAAAUCUACCUUGGGUUAUGUUUAUGUGUUUAGUGGGAACAUGAGUGUCUUUGAAAAUAGUAUUACCCUGGAUUACUGCAGUGUAAUGAUGCUUUAAAGGUGCAUUGUGUCAUUUCUGUCUGAAUACUGCCCUCUAUCCAGUAAUACGAAUAACCACAAAUCAAAGACGCGUCCCUCAAACAAUCGAAUCAGAACAACUCAGCAAUCCCUGACAUUUACUCAUAUUAUGAUAUUUAUCAUGCAUAUUGUGCUUCAGGCAAGCCAAAAUAUUCCACACAACACCUGUAAGGCGUCUGGACGACAUGUUAGUCCAGCUCAUUUGCAGUGGGUCUCUGUUUUCUCUGUAGAGAAGCUGGAGGGAAUUCAAAGCCCUGCUGUUACUGACAGCCAAAACCCUGACGCUGUGUCACCAGUUAGCUCUCUGAUGAGCUGAUGACUGUUUUAAUUUCUCUUUCUCUUUCUCAGAGACAAGUUGAUGUCAGAAACAGAGAAACAACCUCUAUUUUUAUAUCCAAUCAUCCCUGAGCUCUCCAGAGUACUGACAGGACUAGAUGUCUCUCCAAACACUGCCCCCCUCUCCAUGGUAUAUGUUGUGCUACUGUACUGUUCUCCACAUCCAUAGUUCAGAACGUAAUUAUCUCUCCCCCCUUUCUCUCUCUCGCUCUCUCUCUCUCUCUCUCUCUCUCUCCCCUCAACUCUACUCAGAGCUAUAUAUAGACAGUGUUGGUUCAGGUUGGACCAUGGUCUUCUCUACAUCUAACAAGCUUGUUGGUAGCAAUAGAGGAAUGGUGUGGUGACGUGGACGCCAUUCUGAACACCUUACUUGGUGACUAUGAAGCCAGACCGGCCCAACAUGGCCGGCCGACACUACUCUGACUGUCAGUAUGUAGCUCUGAGCGGAGGUGUAGAACUGUUGUAGAACUCUGGUUGAGAACUGUCUUUUUGCAGCCGUCUGGAUUUUUAAUGCAGCAUUCCUGUUACUCUGAAUAUAAAAUGUGUAGAAAUGAAAAUUCCAUGAUGGAUAGUUGUUUUUUUAGCCAAUGACAACCUUGCUAAAAGAGGAUAAAUGACUUAUGCAGUUCAAAACGCUGUUUUCCUGCGGUGCACAUGAUGCAAGACAUUUGCUGAUUGCUGCACUUUAAUUCAUUUCAAUGAACAAAACGUGUGCCUCUGAUGAUUCUUUAUGUUAGUACCUGUUGUCUUUUAUAAACAAACGGUUACAUGUCUCCUGCAUUUGUAAUGUCUUUCUUUUAUCUUAUUAAAACCAUAAUUUUGAAUUAUAUCUACAAUAAUAUUAAUAAAGAGAACUGUAUGGACUUUG